ACGAAAAAUUACUCGCAGUGAAAAAAACGGGACUUGUGAAGUUAAUUUUUGUGGUGGCACAAUAUAUUUAAUCCCCACAAAAACUAUUUAUAACUUGUAAAAAAUGUAAAACGUUUAAAUUAGUUGAAUAGUAAGUGAAAACGCGUUGGUAUUUGUUGAUAUUGUGUGAAUCGGAGUAGCAACCAUGACAUCUAUAUUGGACAUGAAGCCUGGUCCGCCCGACUAUUGGGCGGACAUUUAUAACUUCUUUCUGCCGCUAAAAUACUUCAUCACAAAUGACCGGUUCGAUGCAUUAAUGCAGCAUGUGGACUUGAAUUAUUUGCUCAACGCUAUGUUUUGGAUAUUUUUAUUAUUCGCCGGAGGCUUCAUUGGAUUCUAUAAAAUAUUCGAGGUUUUCCUAAAAACAUCCAAUAUAAAAUUCUACAAACGUAAACAAUUUGCACGAUCCGUGUGGAACAUUGCCUUUUAUGCCGCUUGCACACUCUUUCUAUAUUUUUACAAUGAAUUUAUGUUGCUACCGCAGCUGUUCAAGAAUCAAGGACGCUACUCAUUGUUCUAUUCAUCAGAGAACAUGAUCUUUUACAAAUCACAACAAUGUGAAAAAUUUCAAUUCUAUUCGCUGUUCAUCAUAACAUUUAACCUACAUAACGCCAUAUUGGAUUUCAAGGAAUCCGAUUAUCUAGAGGCUUGCUCGAAGACGCUGUACUUACUUGCAUUGGGAGCUAUUGAUGUGUACAAAUAUGAAAAUUACUUUGUGGGUUUGAAUCUCAGCUUAGGCGUCUACAAUAUACUAACGGAAUCUCUUUUCCUGCUGGCUUUAAUUAAUUCGAAAGGGAGCCGUUUAUUGUUUCAAGUGUUUUUGGGACUACGCAUCGCUUCGUGGUCCCACGUAUUCAUCAGCUUGCUACCAUUUAAAUAUUUAGUUCCUACCUUGUUUGCCAAAAAUUUUAAAAUAAUGUUAAAUGUUACAAUUUGGCUGUGGUACGGCUUGUCCAUUUGGAAUUCGCCAGUGCUGCAGUAUUUUUACCACCAGAUUUAUCACUCUUCGCCGUUGGACUGCUCGGGUGAAGGAUCAGCAGCAAAAUGCAUCUUGCUGAAGGACUCAAGUGAACAUCGUCACUUUAAAACACUAAAAAAGGCCUAUAUGGAAGUAAAAUUAGCGCAGGAGAAGUUAAAGAUCAGCUCUCUAGCCAAUUCGUCUGGCUCAGAUAGUUCCUGCACGUCAGCAAAAGCUUUUCAGGCUAUUAAAUGCAUAAUGACGCUUAAGCGAAAAUUGAAGCGCAUACGUGAGGGACGUGGUUCAGAGAUGGAGAAUGACACCGAAGAUAUGAAUAACGAAUAGAUGCGAAAAAUUUUGAGCUCUCAUUUGAUGUCGAACCGAGACCAUGUUAUAAAUGCAAUGUUGAAUAUUGUUAUACACACGUAUUCCCAGUUUGACAGUAUCGGUGGAAAUAAUGCCUAAUCCAAUAAGACUUUAUUUAUAUUCUGUAGCACUAAAUCUCGUAAUAUUAUUCCUUUCAUUUACUUUCUUAACACCA